CGUCAAACGCGAAACGUUGCAACAGAUGCGAAACAUAUUGGUCGAACACUUGCGUCUAACGCAUGUUUACUUAAAAACAGGAGAUGGAAAACGCUUUCUAUGUGAACGGCUCAAUAUAAUAUCGUGAUAAAUAUUGACGAUAAUUAGCCUAUUAUUUUAUCCAUGUACUGUCCGAUACAGCGAACCUCUUAUGUUUACCAGUCGAACGCGUACUCCCAAGCGUACGUUUAGCUCACUUUACUGACUUAUGAAUUUGUGUAGUUACUGAAGUUAAAAUACAAUGUCGUAACUUAAUUUUAAAGUAUUUUACGACCUCCCCACCUUAAUUAGCACGUCGAAACGGUUUACAAAACAUUUUAUUUUCGUACUACUUUUUAAACGUGUCUGCGGCUUGAUUCUAUUUACCAGAAGGUGCAAUCAGCUAAGAACAUCAUGUGCAAAUGUUUAAGGGUGGUGCUGACUCCACACAGAGCCUCCUCCAUAUCUCUAAGCUACAGAAGAACUUUAAAAAUACACCAUAAACACGGCUGGCCCCUUUAGUCUUACUGGCACAGGCCAGAGUAAACACAAACCAAUUUUGUUGUUCUGAAAGGGCAUUUAAAUUGAAAGCUCGUGGCAGACAGAUGACAUUUCGACUGAGUUUGACAGGUCCACCACCAUGGGGGUUUCGUAUCUGUGGAGGAAGAGACUUCAGGAGAAGCCUGACUGUCUCAAAGGUUCGUGAAGAUAGCCGGGCAGGUGAUGCUGGGAUGCAGGUGGGGGACGUCAUACUGGAGAUUAAUGGUCAGGAUACUGGAGCUAUGUUGAAUAUGGAGGCUCAGAACAAAAUUAAGACAUCUGAACAUCAGCUGUGGCUUCUAAUUGAAAGACCUGCAAAAACAGACGUCAUACAGUGCUGCGGUGAUCCAAGACUUCCUGUUCAUUCGGAGCCCUCAGUCCGGCCAAAACAAACCCAUGAGUCAGGACAGGGCCAGUCCAAGAGAGCCCCACAGGAGAGAAACUAUGGUCCAGAGCAGCUGAAGCAACACGAUAAGGAGUCCACCGCAGGACAUAACUCUGCAUCUGAUUAUAUCCAAACAGUGUCAUAUGAAUCGCAGACUACCAAGAAAAAGGUGAGUUUUAACUAUCCAGUAUGGCGCUAUGGGCCAGUUGAUCCUGAAGAGCUGAUGAGAAUCAAGCGAAGGCAAGUUCAACCUCAGCAGCCCAGACAGUCCAACACUUUCAGAAUACUACAGGAGGGACUAGAACGAACAUCACUGCCAUCUGGAGCGGUCCAGCGGAGUCAAAGGUUUCGCACUUGUGAGAGAUGUGGUUACAUCAUUGUAACUCAGGUGGUGAAGAUCAGAGAGAGACGCUACAGACACGUGGAGUGUUAUACCUGCAGGGACUGUGGCUUUAGUCUCAUGGAGCGAGGACAUUUCUGUGUGGAUGAGGAGCUGUACUGUGGGAAACACGCUCAGCAGAGAUGCCAGACAGCCAAUGGCCUUCACUCACCCCUCUCUCCCUAAAAACACUGGAGAAAUGAUCUCUCUAAUCAAUGAAAGUGGAUGGUGACCAGGAUUAUCAAGCUCCAAAAAGGACAAAGAAGCACCAUGAAAGCAUCACAAACAGUCCUGAAAUGUUCUGAAGCCGUGCAAUAGCUUUGUGUGAGGAACACAUUGAAAUUUAAGUCGUAUUCAAUACAAAUCAUGCAUUAAGGGAUAGUUCACCCCAAAAUGAAAAUUCAGUCAUCAUUUACUCACCCUCCUGUCG